CGUAUUUGUUCCGCUACACCGGGUCUAGCGGCACGUGUUGUGGAACAGCAAGCAAGAGAAGCGCGAACACGUUUAUUGUAACUUUACACCCACAGUUCUUGUGUUGUGGACAUCGGCGUAUACCUGUCGCUUCAAGCCAGUCAAAUAUAUUUCAGUAAACAUCCAAAAACAUAUCUUCAAAGCGUAAGCAUAUGAUCAGCAAAAUGAAGUAUAUUCUGGUGACAGGUGGUGUGAUCUCAGGUAUUGGGAAAGGUAUUAUAGCCAGCAGCGUGGGCACGAUUCUCAAAUCCUGCGGCCUUCAUGUCACAGCCAUCAAGAUUGACCCAUAUAUCAACAUAGACGCAGGCACCUUCUCGCCGUAUGAGCAUGGUGAGGUGUUUGUUUUGGAUGAUGGGGGUGAAGUUGAUUUGGAUCUGGGAAACUAUGAACGUUUUCUGGACAUCAGGCUCACCAAAGACAAUAACCUGACCACAGGAAAGAUCUACCAGUCUGUCAUUAACAAAGAGCGCAGGGGAGAUUAUUUGGGCAAAACCGUGCAGGUGGUGCCACACAUAACUGAUGCUAUCCAGGAGUGGGUGAUGCGUCAAGCCAAAAUUCCUGUAGAUGAUGAUGAUGUUGAGCCUCAGGUUUGCGUCAUUGAGUUGGGUGGGACAGUUGGAGACAUAGAGAGCAUGCCUUUUGUUGAGGCCUUCAGACAGUUUCAAUUUAAAGUCAAGAGAGAGAACUUUUGCAAUAUUCACGUCAGUCUAGUGCCACAGCCAAGUGCCACUGGAGAACAGAAGACCAAACCCACCCAGAACAGCGUAAGAGAGCUCAGAGGACUGGGAUUGUCACCUGACCUGAUAAUGUGCCGAUGCUCUACUCCACUUGAUAAUUCAGUUAAAGAGAAGAUAUCCAUGUUCUGUCAUGUGGAACCUGAACAGGUGAUCUGCGUCCAUGAUGUGUCCUCUAUCUACAGAGUGCCACUGCUCUUGGAAGACCAGGGUGUUGUGGGAUAUUUCUGUCGCAGACUGAACCUGCCUAUUGAAAACAGACCCAGAAAGAUGCUCGCAAAGUGGAAAGAGAUGUCAGACAGAUCAGACAGGCUGUUGGAGCAAUGCUCCAUUGCAUUGGUGGGGAAGUACACCAAGUUCUCGGACUCGUACGCCUCAGUGAUCAAAGCCCUGGAGCACUCUGCUCUCGCCAUCAGCCACAAACUAGAGGUUAAGUAUGUUGACUCUGCAGAUUUGGAGCCCAGCAUGUUACAGGAAGAGCCAGUGAAGUACCAUGAGGCAUGGCAGAAGCUCUGCAGUUCAGAUGGUAUUUUAGUACCUGGAGGUUUUGGAGUACGAGGGACAGAGGGCAAGAUUCAGGCCAUCAACUGGGCCAGGAAACAGAAAAAGCCAUUCCUAGGCGUGUGUUUGGGGAUGCAGUUAGCCGUGUGUGAAUUUGCUAGGAACAUGUUAGAUUGGACAGAUGCUAACUCUACAGAAUUUGACCCAGAAACAAAACAUCCUGUGGUGAUUGACAUGCCAGAGCACAAUCCAGGGCAGAUGGGAGGAACGAUGCGGCUGGGAAAAAGGCGAACUAUUUUCAAAAAUAAAAGCAGCAUACUUAGAAAACUUUACGGAGAUGUAGAUUAUGUUGAGGAAAGACACAGGCAUCGUUUUGAGGUGAACCCAGAACUGAAGCAUCAUUUUGAGGAGAAAGGCUUCCGAUUUGUGGGUCAAGAUGUGGAGGGUGAGAGAAUGGAGGUCAUAGAGAUGGACGAUCACCCUUAUUUCGUUGGUGUUCAGUAUCACCCAGAAUUCACAUCAAGACCAAUAAAGCCAUCGCCACCAUACUUGGGCCUGCUUUUGGCUGCUGCAGGGAGGCUUCAAAGUUACCUGCAGAAAGGGUGUCGAUUGUCACCACGAGAUGCAUACAGUGACCGAAGUGGCAGUAGUUCUCCUGAUUUGGAGAUUGCAGACCUGAAACUACGUUCAAUUGCUCAGGAAUAAAAGCAGUAAAUGGGCCUGCUGUCUGAAGAGGAUGUUGUUUUAAAAGUGGUCGCGUCAAUGGUCAUCAGAAGAUUAGUAGCUUUAUUUUAUGAAAUUUAUCGUUUUUGUAUGCAAUGACAAUAAGGUUUGACAUCCCAUUGGGGGAAAGUUAAUAGAUUUUCUUCAUUGUGAUGGAGUUUGUCAAGUACCAGCUGGUUUGUUGUACACCUGUCUCCAGUAAUAAAAUGGUAUGGAGUUACA